AUGUCUAUAGGCGUGGCUAUUAUUGGGAGUGGCAUCUUCGUGAAGGAGGAGCACCUCCCAGCAGUCAAUUCAACCCCCUCCCUCUCCCUCAAAGCCGUAUUCUCCCGCUCCCUCAAGUCCGCCGCCUCGUUAGACAUCCAAGAUCCAGGUGUGGACCUCUACAGCGAAGACGCCGGCGAAGGAAAAGCCUACGCAGACCUCCUCGCCCGCAAAGACGUCAGCGCCGUCAUCAUUGCCCUCCCCAUCGUCGCCCAGCCCGACUUCGUCAAACAGGCCCUCACCGCCGGUAAACACGUGCUCGCCGAGAAGCCCAUCGCGAAGGACGUGCAAACGGCUGAAGCCCUGAUUGCGCAUUCCGAGGGCUGUAGAAGCGGCGCGACGCUGAGUAUUGCGGAGAACUUCAGGUUUCUGGAGAGUCUUAACUAUGCGGCUGAGGCGGUGCGGGGAAUGGGUGAGGUUACGGGGUUCAGUGUGCGGAAGCAUGGAUUUGUGAAGCCUGGGACGAAGUACUUUGAGACGGCGUGGCGGAAGACACCGGAUUACCAGGGGGGCUUUCUGCUUGAUGGUGGCGUACAUACCGUUGCUGCUAUUAGGCUGUUGCUUCAGCCGGAGAACCAACCGAUGAGUGUUUCGGCGUUUAGUAGUUUGCUGCAGCCGCAUCUACCGCCUAUUGAUUCUGUCGAUGCGGUCUGGAGAACGGGGAAAGGCAAGCAUGGCGUCUUUUCGAUGUCGUUUGGGACAAUGUCCAAGGCGAGCGAGACAGUGAUUGUGACAGAGCAAGGCACGGUAUCGGUCACCAUCGGAGCUGUAACUGUCGCGUCUGGAGAUGAUAAGAGGACAGUCGAGUUCACGCAUGAGGGAAAUGGUGUGAAGCAGGAGAUGAAGGUAUGGGCGGAAGGAAUGCUGUCAGGGAAGCAAGAUUCGAGGCUUUCUGCUUACGAAGCAUUGAAGGAUCUGCAGGUGCUAGAGGCAAUGUUUCGAAGUGGGGAGAAUGACGGCACUCCUGUGAAGAUCCAGAUAUGA